UACUUUUGAUACUUCCGGUAAAAAAAAAGAAAACAAGCGAAAAAAUUUAACGAAUAAAAAUGGAUAAAUAUUUGAUUAAGAACCCAAAAGAAACUAAACAAGAUUCAAGUAAAAAAGGUUGCAGGAAGCAGAUGAAACAGUCUACCAUAGAAUCUCUUCAGGGUGUUGUUGUGGUCGAAGAAAUAAGAAGGCUUAAAUCCAAACUGCAGUUAGAAAGUACUUCAAAAGAAGAAAUGGUUGACAGCCUGAACAAACUUGGACAAAAGAUUCCUCCUAGACAUGUUAUGUUAGAUACAAAAAUAGGCAAGCUGGUCAAUAAGUUGAGAAAACAUGAAGAUAGUGACAUAAGAAAAGCAGCAAGACGUGUGUAUGUUAAGUGGAAGGAACAUUUUGUCAGUCAUGCUGAACGACCAGUUAUAGAAGUCAUGUGUGAUACUAAAACAGAUAAAAUGAGAACAUCUGGGAAGAAACUAUUGGCUGGAUCAUUAGAAUUGGAGGAGAGUCACAAUCUACCUGAUGCCAUAGAGAGAGAAACAUUUUACCACCAUAAAAGAUUAAUCAAUUAUGAUUAUCGUAGAACUAUGAGAACUCUUGUAUUUACACUGAAAAAUAAUGAGGACAUUCGACAAAAAGUCAUAACUGGAGAACUUAAAGUACCAGAAUUUGUACAAACAUACAAAAAAUGAUAAUAAGUAUUAAGAUUCUCAAAAUCUGUGAUAAAAAUAGACUUAUACAUAUUGUACAGUGUAGAUAAAGAUGUGGUUUUCAAGGGUCUGGUGGCAAUCAUUGAUCACAUUAAAUUAAGCCAUGCUAAGAAUAAGAAAAACAAUAACAAA